AUGUCUAAGAAAGGAACUGAUGCAUAUUUUGCUCCAGAAGUGGAAGCAGGACAAUCUAGAAUUCAGUCAGAUCUCUUUUCACUAGGACUCAUUUUAUUAGAGCUUGAUAAUCUCAAGACUCUAAAUGAGAAUUGGAUAGAUACCAACAUAAAAUAUUAUCUAUUCAAAGGAGAAGAAAUACCUAAAGAAAAGUAUUAGAUAGAUAAGAAUUCUAAUAUUUACAAAAUAGCUAAAAUAUGCUUAAAACCUUGGUAUUUAGAUAGGACUACAGCAGGAGAAUUACUAUCUUAGCUCAUCGAAAUGCAUGGUUAACCAUUGAAAUUUGUAUUGACUUCUAUGAUACUAGAGGAAUAAAUACCUAGAUAGGCACAGUAAAUAUUUGAAAAAAUUAAUCAACUGCAAAAACAAACGCAAAGUUAAUUCGACGAGUAUGCUAAGUUUAUUCUAGAGAACACCAAUGACAAAAUUAAACAAAAAGAUUUUCAAGCACAAUUUACAAAAGUGGAAGUAUUAUCUAAUCUGCUGAAAAGUCUCUAUGAAAAUAAAAAAUAUACGAAUAAUUUUCAAAUUCUAAGCUUUGGAAGCUUUGGAAUGGUAUUAGCUACUAAAAAAGCUAAACUUGAUAAAAAAGAAAUAGUGUUAAAAAUACAAAAAAUAGAAGAUGAAUAACAUAUCUAAAAUGAAAUUAGUAUUAUGUAGAAAUUAAAAGAGCCACUAGUGGUAUAGCUUUAUGAUAGCUAUAUAAUAGAGAAUAAAAUAGGACCUGAUAGAUACUCAGUCUUUGAAUUAGAAAAAUGCUCAUGUUCGUUAGAUGAAUAUCUUGAUAGAUAAAACAAAGAUGGAUAAUUUAACGACGAUGAUAAAUAUUAAAUAGCGAUCUAAAUUAUAGAUUCUGUUAAUUAUAUUCACUCAUUUAAUAUCAUUCAUAGAGAUAUUAAACCAGAAAAUUUUUUGGUUUAUUUAGAUGGAAAAUAACCAGAAAUAAAAUUAUGUGAUUUCGGCUUAUCUGCUUAGAUUCCAGAUAAUAAAGAUUCAAUUCAAGCUAUAGAAAGCAUAGGUAAUUUCGGAUAUUCAGCACCUGAAAUACUAAAUAAAUAGGAUAAUGAACUUAAGAUUUAUUCAAAGAAAUCGGAUUCGUAUUCAGUAGGAUUAUUACUAGCUUUCUUAGAUAAUUAUUAAGAUCUGAAGAAAAAUGCACCUUUUACUUUCUUAUUAAUGACAAAAAAGCAGUUAGAUAAGCCUUUCGAAAAAUCUAAGAUUAAAAUUAACAAAAAUUCAGAAAUUUAUAAAUUUAUUAACCUUCUUGUUGUUUCUGAUAGUGGUUAAAGAGCAUCUCUGUAUGAUAUUGUUGAAUAAAGCGAUACAAAAUUCUUAACUAAUUCAAAAGAAAUGAAACAAAUCGUGCAAAAAACUCUUUUGGUGCAAAAUGAUAAAAAAAUAGAGCAAAAUACGACUAUAGAAAUUAGAUCUAUAAAGGAUUUGAGCAAAGCUUAAAAUUACAAUAUUGUCGAAAUAUAUUUACUUAUUGGUGCAUAGGGUGCAAAAGAUUUAGGCACAGGAAUAGCGUAGUGCAAGAAUAUCACAAGUUUGACACUUGAUUUAGAGUCAAAUAGUAUUGGUGCAUAGGGUGCAAAAGAUUUAGGCACAGGAAUAGCGUAGUGCAAGAAUAUCACAAGUUUGACACUUAAUUUAAGGUCAAAUAGUAUUGGUGCAUAGGGUGCAAAAGAUUUAGGCACAGGAAUAGCGUAGUGCAAGAAUAUCACAAGUUUGACACUUAAUUUAAGCAAUAAUAGUAUUGGUGAUGAGGGUGCAAAAGAUUUAGGCACAGGAAUAGCGUAGUGCAAGAAUAUCACAAGUUUGACACUUGAUUUAAGCAAUAAUAGUAUUGGUGAUGAGGGUGCAAAAGAUUUAGGCACAGGAAUAGCGUAGUGCAAGAAUAUCACAAGUUUGGCACUAUAUUUAUUUAGGAAUUAAAUCGGUGAUUAAGGCACAUCUAGCUUAAGUUCUUCUUUAGCAAAUUGUGUAAAUCUCUCAAAUUUAACACUUCUUCUUUUUGAGAAUUAAAUUGGUGAUUAAGGUGCAUCAGGUUUAGGUUUUGCUUUAGCAAAGUGCACUAAUCUCUCAAAUUUGACUCUUUAUAUUGGUGAGAAUUAAAUUGGUGAUUAAGGUGUAUCAGGUUUAAGUUCUGCUUUAGCAAAUUGCACUAAUCUCUCAAAUUUAGUACUUGAUCUUUUUUUCAAUUAAAUUUCUGAUUAAGGCGCAUCAGACUUAGGUUCUGCUUUAUCAAAUUGCACGAAUCUCUUAAAUUUGAGACUUAAUCUUAGGAAAAACUAAAUUGGUGAUUAAGGCUGGUCAGGCUUAGUUUCUGUUUUAGCAAAUUGCACUAAUCUAUCAGAUUUAACACUUCUUCUUAGUAGGAAUUAAAUUGGUGCAUCAAACUUAUGUCCUGCUUUAGCAAAUUGUACUAAUAUCUCAAAUAUAACACUUGAUCUUGGUGAGAAUAAAAUUGGCGAUUAGGGUGUAUCAGGCUUAGGUAAUGCUUUGGAAAAUUGCACUAAUCUAUCAAAUUUGACACUUUACCUUAGUAGAAAUUAAAUCGGUGAUUAAGGUGGAUUAAAUUUAGGCUCUGCUUUAACAUCUUGCACUAAUCUUUCAAAUUUAACGCUUAUACUUAGUGAGAAUUAAGUUAGUGAUCAAGGUGCAUAAGGCUUAAGCUCUGCUUUAUCAAAUUGCACUUAUCUCUCAAAUCUGACACUUUAUCUUGGUGAAAACUAAAUUGAUGAAUCAGAAUCAUUUAAAUAUGAUCUUGAAGCCAUUUCCUCAAUUGUAGUUAAAUUUUAUUAUGAAGUUUCUAAGUUCUUAUCAUCCUUUGCCCAUUAAAAUGAUUGGGUUAUAAACUUUAUCUAUUAAUGA